AUGUCCGAACCCAAGAAUACAAUUAUCAAAAAUGCAUCCGGUCAAAGGCACCGAAGACAUCCACAGGAUUCCAAUAAUAAAACUCCCUGGACAACUUCACUCUCUAUUCUCGACUAUUAUCUCCGGACUAGCUCGUCGCCCCCUUUUGGGCACGUCAAAAAGAAUAGACAGAUAAUAGAGAAUAUAGAUGUAUUAAUAGAUAUAUACACCGAUAGGACCAAUAGAAGGCCUAUUUAG